CCGUAACCGAACCGAACCGGCCGAUCGGGGUGCACCGCUAAAGGUCCGCCACUAAACUGUCCUCCACAGCAUAUUUUACAGCGGGUAGUGCGCCGUACGCGUAUCUACUGCACAGCCGUCGCAGCAACAGCACCGCAUCGUACCACCAGGUCACGUCACCAACGCCCCUUUGGCGGACUUGCUGGCACACCAAAUCCAUCACACUGCAUCCCGGAUCCUCCGUCAACAAACGGAUUAUAAAUCCUCGGAUUACAAAUAAAUUUAACUCCGAGAUUAAAGUCCUUUACACAUGGCUCAACACAGCGACGAUAUCGACGACGAGUCGCUGGAUUGUCGCGUCUGUGUCCCGAUAGUCGCUCUCCGAGAGCCAGUCUACGUAGGCAAGCUUGGGUGAGUAUCAAACUCAUAAGAGCUGUCUAAAGCAUAUACUGAUGGUAAACAGCGCGGAAGGGCAUGCUGGAACGUCAACGUUCUUCAGGUGGCCAAUUCUCGGCCCGCUGCUCUUCAACAAUGAGAGCAGCGACGCGCGCGAUCACUGCGCAAACGAACGAACAUUUCUCUCCUAUCUCCGACUGUCUAUUUUGAUGGCAGUUGUAUCCGUCGCCAUCACGCUCUCAUUCCACAUAAACCACAAACCAUCUGCUGCGGAGCGAAGGAUGGCAAAGCCGCUGGGCAUCAUCUUCUGGGCCCUCGCCAUCCUCACACUCCUCGUCGGACUUUGCAAUUACAUACGAACCGUAAAUCUAUACAGUAAAAAGGCGGCAAUUGUACAGUCUGGCUGGCGAACACAACUCGUUUUGGCGUUCAUUUCGCUGUCAAUCUUUGCAACCUGCAUCGUGCUUCUUGUCGUCAACAAAGUCCGCGAACACAGAUCACGCUGAUACGAAUGCACAGUGGGCAGAUGCCCUCUCUGAUUUGAAGCAAAAUGCUCACAUUGUUCAAAUUUGGUACAAAGAAGCUCCUAUUUCCAAGCCAUGUUCCAUUUCAUAUUCUUGGACCGGCUCCAUGCUGCUCAGCCAUUUCAUUUAACCUUACAAAACAAGUCCCUCGCUAGCCUAUCCUUUGCGACUGGGCCCUCAUGCGCUGCGCAGCCGCCAACAUCGCUGCGGAACUUUUGCAGCUGACUCCUUGCCUGGACUCGCACAUCUUCUCGACUUGUCACUUUGCCAUUCCAUGAUACAACUGGCAUGUGAAGUAAGUGUACAAGCUCACCGUUUUUCGGCAAUGUCUUGAUCAUGGCAACGUUGCUCAGCGGUUGUCUUUGAUCCUCUUUAGCUAAUUCGGUAGGCUUUGGCGGCCUCGGCUGCUGCUCUCGGUCCAAGAACUCCUCAGGUACGUCCACUAAAUCAUCAUGCACGGUGAUGAUGGAUGAGGCUGUUGCUUUGCUUGGAUAUAGCGUCAAAUACCCGCGCAGCCGAGAGAGUUGAACCAUAUGUUCUAUCCAAGCUGGCUGUUUUGCCGUGGUUUGCUUGGAGAGUAGCCCCGAAGCUGGAUCCUUGCCAUGGUUCUGAUCCUGAAGUUGUGAGAUGUACCCAUGAAGCUCAACCCAUUUGUCACCAAAGACGAGCAUGGCAUCAGUGCCGGGCAUUUGCCAUAGGAAUGAAGUGUCCCCGGCCGGCUUUCCAUCUUUGCUGUCAGAUGUUGGGGGCACAAAUGGCUUGUCACUGUGAGGGUCCAAGCGAGGUUGUGCCAGACUGAGUCCGAAGAGGCCGCCAUCCGCGUUGCGCGACUGGCCGCUGACGCUGUAGAGUCUGUGAAGGAGUUCAUAUCGAACAUCUAGUUGAGUCGUGGUUAGCAUAUUUAUAUAGUAUAGAGCGCGGCUGUUGCGUACAAUGGAAAAAGUCUGGUGUAACUUCGGUAUUUGGUGAUAGUAUGAGAAUAUGGCUAUUAGCUGGCUUAUUAGGCCAAAACGAUUCAAUGAAGCGAACCAAGCUUUCUUCUUCGGUAAGCUUUUUAUUGUUAAUUCGGUGGCGUAGCGACAGCAUAUGUGAUGAGCGAGCCUUUGCCGACGCCGGAGGCCAAUGAAAGCCAUCCAGGAAUUCCUCCAGCGCCGGUUCGACUGUAGGGGGCAGGUCGAUUGUAAUAUGCGGCAUCGGGUGUCCAGCAAUGUCUGCCGCCGCUAGAGAUCGCAAUAGACGAAUAAGAUUACCACUACCUGUGAAUGGUGCCUGAAUAAGAAUAUCAAAAUGUACGUCGUGCCAGGCUAGUGUUAUAGUUAGCUUAUGA